AACAAUGUAGAAAAGCAUUGCGAAAUUUUUGCAAGAAACGAAAAAAAAAAAUUAAGAUUUGGCCGCGUGCCAUCAAAGAAGCGGACGCCUAGAGCUCGCUGCGAACCAUACGGCGCGCAUAGAAGGCAAAGGAAGGCAUAAAGGCAAACAAUUGGGCAUACGGACUACAAGAAAAUACAUAAAUGGCCAGCGCAAGUGUAACUGAAUUCUUCGACGGCAGCGUCAGCCGUUUGGUGAUUGGUUCCACCAUCAUUGUCUACUUGCUCGUCUAUAAUGAGGCUAGCGGCGCUGCUAUAUUGUUUGCCACCAUUUUGUCAGCUUUGUAUGCUGUAAUGGCAGCAUACUGCAAAGCCACUCUACGCUCCGUCCAAAUGCCUUACAUACGUGCCACCAACAAAUUUGACUUCUCUUGCCUCUUUCUAGCCACCUGGAUGGAUGUGCUGGCGAUACUGUGUGCUUGUGCAGUUUUGGCGCGCACUCUUAGCACCUGCCUGGAUGCGAUGACGGGCGGUAUGGCGCAUAUUCUUAUUUUGGGCCGUAACUCAUCGGCCAACGAGCCAUGGCCGGAUGUGCUGGGUGUUGCGGUGGUUCUUCUCAUAACUUGUAUGUGCAUGCUGGGUCUGGAGAACUCCAAAGCCUUUUGCGUCCUCAUGAUCGCUGGCAUUAUAAUCAUGAACAUUUCGCUAGCCUUGGUAACUACUUGGAGACUACACUCGCUUGAGUUUAAUCGCUUCUUCUUUCGGCCGAAUGGCAUUAAAAGUGUACUCACAGCAGCGGCACUACUCACGUUCUCCUAUCCCAGACUCUAUCCAGCGUACGAUUCCUGCUUUUUACGAUACUCAGGACUGAUUCAUAUCGUCAAGUGCGUGCUUACUUUGGGGCUUGGGGCGCUGUGCUUUACUGUCUUGGUGCAUUUCAAGGCUCCUCCUGAGUACAUUGCUAUACCAGUCUUCAAAUUUCUAGACGACUUGAAUAUGCACCAGCUAGUACCAGCUGUUGCUUGCCUCCUGAUGUUGACAUACACAGGUGCAUAUAUGGAACUCUUUCCCGAGCUCUAUGGCCUCAUCGUACGCUUUGCGACCGCAGAGUGGAAGGUGUUCUCGAAACAAAUAAGCUAUGAAAGUCCCGACAGCGGCAAUCCUGUGCUAGCAAUUUUUAUAAGCGGAAGUCUCUGCGCUAUGUUGGCCUUUGCGUGUCCGCUGCAAAUUCUCACCCAUAUGCUGGCGGGCAGUCACAUAUGUGCGGGUCUUAUAAGAGCGUUCUAUUUAUUGUAUUCCCCCUACCGACCGAAAUACAUACAACCAAAUACCACCCAUUCGUCACUCAGCUACAGUCGUCUUGCCACAGCGCCACCAUUGGUGGUGAAGAGUUCCUCCUCGAAUAGCAGAAUUAAGCGCAGCAUAUUGAGCGCUAGUUUAGCCAAGAAGGGCGCAAUUAUGAAGCCAAAGUUGAAGAAAAAACCAAAGAAGGAGCUGGAAAAGGAAUGGCUUUUGCUGGGUGAGCCCACAUCGCCUUGCCCUGCUCGUACACCGAAGGAUGUGGAGUCUGCAAUGCUCGCGGAUCGCGAGCCACCGCCCUCCGAUUUUGAAUAUCCAGAGAAAUUUGAGAAGAGCGAUUCGGAUACCUCAACCGAUAUAGAUGCGAUAGUCGAUGAAUAUCGACAAAAAAUUAAGGUCACAACCGCCGGUCCCAUGGAAAUGAGUGUGCGCUUACCAACUCUGAAAUCUUGGCGAAUAAUCAUGUUCAGCAUUUUUACUAUAGUUUCAUUUGUCGUAUGUGUCAACAUCAGUAGCGCGGUUGAGCAUCCGUACACAUUUUUAAUAUACAUUGCCGGCUGCAUAAUAAUCAGUUCUAUGAUGUCCCUUUUCCCCAGCUAUCGUAACGGUGCCGUAAACGUGAACCCGUUACUUUGUACUACCACUAUCAUGCUGGGUGGGAUACUCCUCAGCGGCUGUUCAUAUUAUUCAUGGCCGGCGAUACUCUUUUGGCUAAUCGCUGGUCUAGCUUUGAUGUUGCGAUGUGAUAAUUGGUGCUGUGGCUGUUUCGAGUACAGUGGUGGCACAAUACAAGAACAGCUGAUACCGAGCGUUCCGCCCAAAACGGCAACGAAAGCAACAACCGUACAUAUACCUCAUCUACCGAAGAGGGUCGUUACCAUACCAACUCGUGUAAAUACAGCAGCCAGAUGACAAUCAGCAGCGUCCUCGGAAAGCGAAGAUCUCUUCAAUGAAGAUUUCAGUUUAUGCGAUUUCAAAGAGGAUCGAAACGACGAUGAUGACGAUUGCUGGAGUGAAUAAGUAGACGCAUGAAGAAAAGCAAGGGAGGAGAAGAGUUUGUAUGUAUGUACAUAAAAGCAGUGAUCAAAUAAUCGAGUACCUAUAGGAGGAAGGCGUACUUCGGAGGAAAUGUCGUGCCGUAGUCAUUAGCCAUAGUCAUUGCCAUUGCGUAGUCUACGCAAAUGCUGAUUGCUUGCCUGCAACUAGACGUGGGAAGAAGGCGUAUUUUUUCUAUAGAAACGGGUUAAACAGAGCUUCUUACCUCAAGUGUACAGUCAUUUUACGUAGUUUAUUGUAUAGGGAUAUAUUUAAAUAUACAUACAUACAUACAUACAUAUGUACAUGUGUGUGUAUGUCUUACGUAUUUGCGGCGCUUAAUUCUUCUAGCCUUUAGAACUUUUUAGAUAGUUACCCAAAUAGAAUAAUAACACCGUGCGACAAAAACAAAAAAUUUGAAAAACACAUGAAAGAAUCGAUGUACUCACGAAACU